AUGGUCGUGAAAGUACAUGAUAUGGUUUUAACAGAUCGACGAUUGAAGUCAUCCGAUACAGCUGAUACUACAGGUAUCUCAAAAGACCAGAAGGGAGAACAACAAAUAAAAAAUAAUCGUGACGACGAAGUCGACGAAGUUCGAGAAGGUGAUAGAGGAAGAAAUGGAGUUAAUGGAGUUCGAGACGGUAAUUUUAGAGGAAAUAAUAGUAAUGGAGGUAAUGAAGUUCGAGAAGGUGAAAUAGGAAGAAAUGGAGAGUUAAUGGAGUUCGAGAAGGUGAUUUUAGAGGAAAUAGUAGUAAUGGAGGUAAUGAAGUUCGAGAAGGUUAGAGUCGAGAAGGAGUUAAAGGUUAGAGUCGAGAAGGAGUUAAAGGUUAGAGUCGAGAAGGGGUUAAAGGUUAGAGUCGAGAAGGAGUUAAAGGUUAGAGUCGAGAAGGAGUUAAAGGUUAGAGUCGAGAAGGAGUUAAAGGUUAUAGAGGUCGAGAAGGAGUUAAAGGUUAUAGAGGUCGAGAAGGAGUUAAAGGUUAUAGAGGUCGAGAAGGAGUUAAAGGUUAUAGAGGUCGAGAAGGAGUUAAAGAUUAUAGAGGUCGAGAAGGAGUUUAAGGUUAUAGAGGUCGAGAAGGAGUUUAAGGUUAUUAAAGAGGUUGAGAAGGAGUUUAAAGUUAUUAAAGAGGUUUGGAAGGAGUUUAAGGUUAUUAAGGAGGUUGAGAAGGCGUUUAAGCUAAUUUUAAAUUUAUUGCCGGAAAAAUUUAAUACUUUCAAAUCAAUUUGGAACAAUAUAGACGUAGAAAAGAAAAAUUUAGACGAAUUAACCCGAAGAAUUAAAAAUGAAUUGGAAUUCAUCAAAGAAGACUCUAUCAUAGAAUCUCGAGAAAUUUUAAAAGGAAACGAAAAGAGAUGUUUCAUCUGCAACAAACCAGGGCACAUAGCAAGAUUCUGUAAAAAUAAAAAAUGCGACCUCUGCGGCAAGUCGGGACAUAGUACGGAUGAGUGCUAUAGAAACAAAAUAUGUACCAGGAGUAGUAAGAAAGGGCAUAUAAAGCAAUUUUGUAGAACAUAUAAUUCGGUAAGUGGUAAUUCAAAAUUUAUUAAAAUAAAUGCUAUAUUUGAUUCUGGAGCAUCGUCACAUAUGUUUUCAAGUAAAGAAUUCAUAAAUUUUACAGAAGACAUAGAAGUAGAAAUUAAAUGCGCAAAUAAAGAAAAUUUAGUUGCAACAGCGGUCGGAUAUAUUAAUACAGAUUUCGGGAAAUUCGAGAAUGUUCUUUAUGUACCAGGAAUAUCUAGAAACCUAAUUUCAGUGAGCUGUUUAACAGACAAUGGAGCCACCGCAAUUUUCGAAAAUGAUUGA